AGCGCUCGCGCACGUUGGUUCGCUGCCCCUUCGAAAUUUCAAGAAAAAAAUCACUCCUUUUAGCUUUCUGAAUCUCGAUCACACCUAGAGGACGAAACUACUUACCCCUAUUCCCCCUCCGUUCUCCUUCGCUGUGUGAUUCGUGCUUUCUUCGUCUUCUUCAGUCACCUUCAUUUCAGAGCAGGCCUUCCCUUGCAUCAUUCCAAUCCCUAGCCGCCAGUGUUCUAUCCCCGCUUCGCCGUGCAGCUUGUACUGGCGUCAAGAAUUCGGGCUUAUUGAGCGGAUCUGAUCAUAGAGUUUUCUAGGUCAGAGGGCCUGCUAGUUGAGGAUGAAUAUGCAACAAGUUGGGCAGUCUAGAUCCUGUAAUGGAUAUGGCCGUAGAAAAUCUGAAAGAGAAGGGGCAGCCAAGUCAGAGAAUAAGAUCUCAUCUGGGAAGUCAAAUGCCAACAGACUGGCAAGUACAGGUUUAGUGACCGGCAAUAUAGGAGAUGGUCCUUCACAUGACCGAGUAGUAUAUGUUACAACAUGUCUUAUUGGGCAGCAGGUGGAAGUGCAUGUGAAAAAUGGAUCUAUAUACUCUGGAAUAUUUCAUGCAACAAAUGCUGAGAAAGAUUUUGGAAUCAUUUUAAAGAUGGCUCGCAUGACAAAGGAUGGUUCAUUGCGAGGACAGAAAUCUGGCAUAGAAUCAGUAUGCAAGGCUCCUUCGAAGACUUUAAUUAUACCUGGCAAAGAAUUUGUACAAGUCAUAGCUAAGGGCGUUGCUGUUACUAGGGAUGGCCUACUUAGUGAAGCUCACCAUGAAAUGUAUCAGGACAUCACUGUUGAUUCAGUAAUAUCACAAUCACGUCAUGUUGACUUAGAGAGAGAACUACAACCAUGGGUGCCUGAUGAAGACGAUCCACAAUGCCCCGAACUAGAAAACAUCUUUGAUGAAACUUGGAAGAGGGGCUGGGAUCAGUUUGAAACAAACAAAACGUUGUUUGGUGUAAAAAGCACGUUCAAUGAAGAACUUUAUACCACAAAGCUUGAGAAAGGUCCUCAGACAAGAGAGUUGGAAAAGCAAGCUUUAAGAAUUGCAAGAGAAAUUGAGGGUGAGGAUACCCAAGAUCUUCAUCUGGCAGAGGAAAGAGGCCUUUAUCUACAUAAGAAUUUUGAUAUUGAUGAAGAGACUAGAUUCUCUUCAGUCUAUAGGGAUAAAGGGGUUUAUGACAGUGGCUAUGAUGAGAAUGAGGAUAUUCUGUCAGAUUCACGCAAUUCUGAAACCUUUGGAGAUACAGUUGCUUCAGUUGUUAUGAGAUCUAGUGAAUCAAGUGAUGGGAAAGAUGAUGAUGGAGUUAGAACACCAUCGAAUUCAUCCUCCAAGGAUUUACCACAAUCAUCUCAGUCAAGUAAUGGUGUGGAUUUAGGCCGUGCUGGUUCUCACAAUCUUGCUAAUCAUUUAGCAUCUGAACUCCCUGCAAAAAGUGACCCUACUUCAGAUGCUGAAUGCAGGUUUCUGGUUCAGGGGAACUCGCAUAAUGAUCUGCAUGGAGCCAUUGACAGUAGCAAGGGAGAAAAUCAGAUAGAACCUGGGGAUGUUGAACCGUCAAAAUCCAAGGACUUACAGUCAUCACACAACUUGAAGAAAAAUGACCCUGAUACUGGGGCAUUGUCUUCAAAUGAGGCCUCUCGUGCCCCUUCGUCUCAUAUUUCAUCAAAGACUUCUGAAAAGACAGGUUUGCCUGGUGAUUUGAUUGAUGGUUCAGCAUCUGAGGAAGGUAAAGGGGAAACAAAUUCUUUAAAAUCGUUUGGAAUAACUGCCAGUUCCACAUCAACUCGUACAGAUUGUGUGAAAGGUGUCGCAGCAUCUCCUGGUCCUGGUCUGUCACCAAGUUCUUCAGUAGGUUCAUUAUCUUCUGAAAAAUCAACACUGAAUCCCAACGCAAAGGAGUUCAAGCUCAAUCCAAAUGCAAAGAGUUUCGUUCCAUCUCCAUCACCAGUUAGGUCUCUCUCACAGGUGUCUGAUGGCUCCUUCUAUUACCCAACUAAUGUAACUACUGUACCGCAUAUGCCUGCCAUGCCCAUGGAACUUGGAAUGGGACAUGCAUUUGCUGGGCCGCAACCUGUCGUGUAUAAUCCACAAGUAGCACAAAUGUCGUCACAAGCAUAUUUCCAUCCAAAUGGAUCACAGUAUGGACAGCUUCUUGGCCAUCCUAGGCAAGUUUUGUACAUGCCAGGUUAUUUACCUGAAACGCCUUAUAAGGGGCGGGAUUACUAACAGUCUUGGCUGACAGCAUUCUUGGCAAAUUUGUUCCUUGCCUGAAAUCAAUAAACUCAUAGUGGAUGGGCUGAAGGAUGGGGGACUCUUCAGCUUAUAGGGAGAUAUUUUCAUUAAUAUGUCUUUGUGUUUACUGGCAAACUGACUCAUCCUGGAAUAUAAUUUUAUGGCAUCUGUAUUAACCCUCCCCCACAUCUGGGGUUUCUUAGAUUUCGGUCAUUUAACGUCCUAACUCAUAUUGACCCCCUUUUUCUUAAUUUUGUGCUGACAUUUUAUUUCAGUUUUCACAAUUUUGCCAUGAGUUAUGUUUCAUCUUCAUAUGAUGACAAUCGUUUUGCUCUGCCGUUCAGUCUGCUGAUAGCAAGCAUCCCAUGAGAUUCUGUUGUAUUAAAUUGUUAAAAUUUUUGACAAAUUGUAUGUGAGGAUAAGAUAUCAGCUAAUUAUUAUUAUAACGAGUUCAAGUUUUGUAAUUA